ACCGAUCAAGAUGUCGAAAAAGCGGAUGUCAAGAUAUCCCAUACCACGUCACAGAACAUGGGAUCUUUAGAUACUUUCUGGUUUAUCAUAAACACAACAAUAGGUCCAGGGAUCUUCUCUAUCCCAUCCAGCAUAUUUUGCAUUACAGGCUCUGUGGGCAUUACCUUUGUCCUCUGGAUAGUAGGCAAUGUCAGCGUCGCUCUCGAGUUUGCCAUGGCGAUCCCUCGAUCUGGCGGGGAGAAGAACUAUCUUGAGAGAGUCUAUCGACGUCCAAAAUUUUUAAUCACCUGCGUCAUGGCCGCAUUGUACAUUUUCCUCGGCGGACCAGCAUCGAGCAGUAUUGCCUUCGCUAGCUACAUCCUGCAAGCCGCAGGGCAUCCAGAUCCCACUGGCAGCUGGUUGACGCGAGUUGCUGCCGUAGGCUGUGUGACCGGUGCAAUACUCGUUCACACACUACUGCCCAAAUGGGGUAUCAGGGUCCUGAGAGUACUUGGCCACGUCAAACUCGUCAUCAUGGCCUUCAUCAUUUGCUCCGGAUUUGCUGCUUUGACUGGGCACAGGCGGGUCCCUGAUCCUCACAACUUUGAAAAUGUAUUCGCUAUGGAAUCUGGCGAUGGAUGGGGUGCUUCCGGGGCUUACGGAUAUGCCAACGCUAUCAUCCGGAUCGGAUACACGUACGGCGGCGCCAACGUCGUCACGACAGUCCUCGGUGAACUCAAGAGCCCACGAAAGACGCUGCCCAUUGUGACCCCACUGGCACUAAGCACUGUUACAAUAUUGUAUUUGCUUGUCAAUGUUGCCUAUUUUGCAGCCAUCCCAAAGGAUUCCUUGGCCAAGUCGGAUGUUAUUGUUGCUGGGGUUUUCUUCCGCAACAUGUUUGGCGAAAGUGCCGCAGCCAGAGUCCUGCCUGCCUUCGUUGGCCUCAACAAUCUUGGCAACGUUCUCACUCUAACCUUUGCCCACGGACGCAUGAAUCAAGAAUUCGCAAAAGAGGGCAUUCUCCCAUACAGUCACUUCUGGGCAUCGGAUAAACCAUUUGGUGCGCCUGGCCCUGCUUUGCUGUUGAACUGGCUUGCCACAGUCGUGGUCAUCAUCGUGCCGCCACCUGGACCGAUCUACACAUUCCUCAUCGACCUAAUAAUAUAUCCCCACAUUGUGCUCGCCGCCAUGUCCGUUUGCGGACUUCUGUGGCUGCGGCUUCGACUGUCGGAGAAGUGGUCAUCGCCAUUCAAAUGUCCAUUGGUUGUUAUCCUAAUGUCCAUAACGAUCCAUUUUUUCCUACUCGUCAUGCCCCUGGUUCCUUCCCCAACCGGCCGCAAUGCCCAAGGAUACCCCUAUUUUGUCUUCCCUGUAGCCGGACUUGGUAUUCUCGCCAUCGGGGCUUUGUACUGGGUCGCUUGGGCAAAAGUCUUCCCCAGGCUUGGAGGUUACCGAAUCGAGGCUACGAGGAGCCUGGAUAAGGAAGGCAAGGAGAUGGUCGAGUUCAGGAGGAUCAAUACUACCUCAUCGGCGUAUCAUUCUACAAGGUAGAAGACGAUGUUUGGAAUAUCCUUCGAAAUAAUACUAUUCUGUCUCAUGUCUCAAAUGUCUUCGACAGCCCAAUCCCAAGUUUAUGAGCCUCAUAGAUCCUUAUCCCCCUGCUCUUCAUGCCAGCCAAAUCCAACAA